AUGAAACUCUCCAAAGUCGCACUGAUUGGCCUCCUGUUUGUUGUGGCCAAGGUCCAAGCCCAGGACGCCCUGCCAGCAUCUGAUGACACUCCGGUGGUACAAAUCAACUCGUACGAAAAUGCUUUAGAAGGCGUGGACAAAACAACCCAAGGCGAAAUCGCCGCGGAGGCUGCGUUGGACGCUGGCGCCACGGAGGAACAAGCGGCUGAAAUCGCCGACGCCAUCGACAACGAAGGCGCCUCGGCUGCGUCUGCGUCCCUCGACGCUGGCUUGAGCAAGUCGGAAGCGGUUGAAGUGAUCACGGCAGUGGUUGAAGCCGCCGAGGACGUCCCGUCGCAAGGCGAAGUGGCUGCCGAAGCCGCCGCGGACGCUGGCGCGACCGACGCACAGGCCGAAGAAAUCCAAGAUGCCAUCGACAACGGCGCGUCUGCCGCGGAAGCUGCGUCGGACGCCGGCCUGUCCAACUCGCAGAUCGCCGACGUGAUCGAAGAAGUGACGGCCGCCUCGGAACAGAUCGCGGACCCCGCCGACGUGGCCGCCGCGGCUGCCAUCGAGACGGGUGCGUCGUCGAGCGAAGCGUUGGAAAUCGCGGCUGCCGUGGACGAAGGCGACUCUGCUGCGCUCGCCGCCACCGAAGCCGGCCUCGAACCUGAGGCCGUGGCCGAAAUCGUGAGCGAAGUGGUCGACUCUGCCGAAAACGUCUCGGACCCUGCGGACGUCGCGGCCGCCGCCGCCCUCGACAACGGGGCGACUGCGUCUGAAGCCGUGGAAGUGGCCGAGGCCGUGGACUCUGGCUCGUCCGCUGCGGCUGCGGCCGAUGACAUCGGUUUGGACGCCGAAGCCAUCGCCGACGUCGUGGACCAAGUGUCGACUUCGUCGGACAACGUGGCGGCGCCGGCCGACGUGGCUGCGGAUGCCGCCAUCGAUGCGGGCGCGUCUGCCGACCAAGUCGAGGACCUUGUCGCUGCCGUGGAAGCUGGCGCGACGGCCGAGGACGCCGCGGAGGACGCGGGCUUGUCGUCUGCUGCCGUGGAUGCCGUGGAAGACCAAGUCGCUGACUCGACGGACAACCAAGCGCCUGCUGCCGACGUGGUUGCGGCCGCGGCCGCCGAUGCGGCCAUCGCCGACGUCGUGGACCAAGUGUCGACUUCGUCGGACAACGUGGCGGCGCCGGCCGACGUGGCUGCGGAUGCCGCCAUCGAUGCGGGCGCGUCUGCCGACCAAGUCGAGGACCUUGUCGCUGCCGUGGAAGCUGGCGCGACGGCCGAGGACGCCGCGGAGGACGCGGGCUUGUCGUCUGCUGCCGUGGAUGCCGUGGAAGACCAAGUCGCUGACUCGACGGACAACCAAGCGCCUGCUGCCGACGUGGUUGCGGCCGCGGCCGCCGAUGCGGGUGCGUCGGACGAGCAGGUGGCCGACAUUGCGGAAGCGGUGGACGACGGAGCUUCUCCUGCGGACGCCGCGGAGGACGCUGGCUUGUCGGCAUCUGAAGUCGCCCAGGUCGAAGAUGUCCUUGCUGCUACUCCUAGCUUCGACGAAAACGGCCUUGAACUUGCCGGUCAUGACAAUAUGCCCGAGGUAUAUGGUGAGAUCACUGGUAACUACAGUGUUGGCGAGGAAGAAGAAGCCCCUGCUCCGAAGACGACUCUAGGUCGUCUUAUUGAUGCCAUCAAGAGUUAUUUGACCACCGCACCAAGCAGCCCUAGCCUCCGUUCGCGCCCCCAGUGCGCAACGUCGGCUUAGUUCGUUCAACUAUUGCCGGAAAUCGUAUUCAGAAGUAAUACAUGCAUUUGCACUUCGUCGGAAUCAAAACGCUUCUUUCCGA